AUGUUGACAACACUGCAGCUAGACCCUCUGGAGAAGCAGCUCAAAUAUUUGCUUCUCGAUGUGGCAGCCCACAUUGAUAAGACCGAGGCCAAGGGGAAUGACGAUCAAGUCAUCUUAAGAUGGGCGGGCGGUUGGGUCCGCGACAAGCUUCUCGGCAGACCUAGCCACGACAUCGAUGUCGCCAUCAACAGCAUGACAGGCGAGGUGUUUGGCAACGAGCUGCGGCGCUUCUGUGAAUACCCCGAGAAUGUGGCGAGGCACAACCUCCAGCCCGAGGACAUUGGCAGGCUGCACAAGAUUGCCAAAAACCCCGAGAAAUCCAAACAGCUGGAAACGGCCACGGUGAAGCUGUUUGGGCUUGACGUGGACUUUGUCAACCUGCGGACAGAGAAGUACACUGAAGACAGUCGGAACCCGCAGGUCGAGUUCGGCACAGCUAAGGAGGAUGCACUGCGCCGAGAUGCCACCGUGAAUGCGCUCUUCUACAAUAUCCACACGGGCGACGUCGAGGACUUUGUCGGCGGCCUUCCCGAUAUGGAGGCUGGUAUCAUCAGAACCCCCAUGGAUCCGUUUCAAACUUUCAUGGAUGACCCACUCCGGGUGCUCAGACUCGUCCGGUUUGCGAGUCGGCUUGGUUUUAGUAUCGCCCCUUCUACCAAGGAGUUCAUGGGCGAUACCCGUGUCCUCGAGGCCCUGCGCGCCAAGAUCAGCCGCGAGAGGGUGGGCACUGAAGUCGAGAAGAUGUUGAAAGGCAAGCAACCCUCUUGCGUGGCCCCCUUUGCCAGGCUUCCGGCCUUUACUUCGGCUAAUCCGAAGAAACAACCUCCGGUCGCAACUGUGGCGGCACGUGAGGGCAUCAAGGCGCCUACCAAGCUAUCGGACCUGAUCACGGCUGCAGUCUGCCACCGUGAGCAGAUUUGCGAGCUCAAGAGCAAGGUUUGCAACGGCGAUGCGUCUGAAGUUGGGCGAGAUGCACUAGGAAUGGCAGUAAGAGGCUGGGAGGCGAAGGGGACGCAUUGGCGGCUCCAGGUCCUGUUUUCUAUUCUUUACGAUUUGAUGGUGCAGGCGACGGCAUCAACGGGACUGAGUGCUACGGCGCACCCCUCUGACGAACCCUCAGGAUCCCCCGAGGCGGAUGAUGCUCACACAGUCUCAACGUCAGGGAAGGUUGAGAGAGAUUGGAAGGGUUUCCUCGACCGGCUUCGGACGUUGGAUCUGAUGGACGCUCCAUCGAUGAAGCCGCUCGUUGACGGUCGCAGGCUCAUGCAGACCCUCGACAUCAAGAAGCCGGGCAGAUGGAUGUCAUCUGCGUUGGACAUCUGCAUGGCCUGGCAGCUCAGGAACCCUGAUGAGACAGACCCAGCUGGGGCGAUUGAGGAAGUGCGACAGCGCAAGGAGGAGCUUGGUAUCCCCAUCUAG